AUGAACCACGGCGGUAUGGACCAUGGCGGAAUGGACCAUGGGGGUCAUGGAGGGAUGGACCAUGGAGGUAUGGAUGCAAGUUGCAGUAUGAACAUGGUUUGGAACUGGGACACAUCGAAUGUGUGCAUCCUCACCUCGUCAUGGCGCAUCACCACGCCUCUAUCGCUCUACCUUUCGCUUUCGAUCAUCAUGCUUGCAGGCGUGGGGUAUGAGUGGUUGCGGUCGUACAUUCGACGCUACGAUGUGCGGCUUGCAAGGUCGACGUUAGGUCCUGCACACCGUCGUCGUGCUUCGCUGCGACUUCCCACAUCCAACCCCCAAGCUUCACGAAGAUCACCUUCAUCUGCAGCAGUGUCGGCAGGCAGAUGGAUCAAGCCACUGGAAUGUAGUCGCCAAACGCAGGUGGUCAGGUCAGGGUUGUACGCUGCAAGUGUCGCGUUCAGCUUUGCACUCAUGCUCGUAGCCAUGACGUUCAACGCCUUUGUCAUCGCAGCAAUCGUCGCAGGUGCGGGAUUGGGAAACUACAUGUUCAGCCGAGACCUCUCUACAUCCCAAAGCCUGGCAGACGAUAAAGGUCUAGCCUGUCACGCCUAA